CAGCAAUUUAAAAAAUGAAUCCUUCAUCCAUGUUAGACACAAAGACAGGUCUGAAAGCAGAUCAUGGCGGAGUCCAGCCCUCUGACCACUCACGUGCUGAACGCUACUGACGGCAUCCCGGCAGCCAGGAUGGCCCUCAGCCUGCACCGACUGGACUCCAAGCUGAUGAUCUGGGCCAUGCUGAGUGUCGGGACAACAAACCAAGAUGGCCGCUGCCCAGGACUCAUGAACCAAGAAACUUUUACUCCUGGCAUGUACAAGCUCCGCUUUGAGACUGGUUCAUACUGGGAAGGCCUUGGUCAGCCCUCUUUCUACCCCUAUGUGGAGGUUGUGUUCACCAUCAGUGAGCCGGAGCAGAGGUUUCACAUCCCUCUACUGAUGAGUCGCUUCUCCUACAGCACUUACAGAGGAAGCUGA